AUGCUGGCCAAGGCACCGCCUUCGACCAGCAAAUUGGAUUUGGUGAACGCCGAAAGUUCAGACGCCGAUCUUACUGACGGAAUCAAGAUGGCAGACCUGGUGGAGAACUUGGAUGCCCGAGAGCUGGAGGACACCGACGAUGGGGAGGAAGUGGACUACGACCUAAACUGCAUGGGGGAGUGCAUCCCUUUCUCGGCCGUGUAUAGCACGGUGGGUUUCAAGGAGGCCAACGCCAAGGUCUUCCUUCCUACGGUGCCCGUUACCGCCCGCAUCCUGGAGGUGGAGCGCUUCACUUCAGCGCAGGAUCGCUUCAAUAUGUCCCAGCACAGGAGCGUCAAUAAGAGCCUGCCCGCCGUGUUUAAGAUUGAGAUGAAGCACGGCGAGUUCACGUGGACGGUGAAGAGGAAAGAGAAGCACUUUAUGGAGCUGCACCGAGAGCUGAGGACUUACAAGACCUUCAUGAGGAUACCGCUACCAUCGCGCAGUCACACUGUUAAAAGGAGGACGGUAAGGAAGAGCGAGGUGAGGGAAAUGCCGUCAUUGCCCAGGGGCGGAGGUGACGAGCUGGUGCGGGACGAGCAGGUCUCCAGUCGGCGGAGACAAUUGGAGGACUAUUUGAACAAGCUGCUAAAGAUGGCCUUGUACCGCAAAUAUCACCACACUAUGGAGUUCAUUGACGUCAGCCAGCUGUCCUUCAUUCACGACCUGGGACCCAAAGGACUGGAAGGAAUGAUCUACAAGCGCUCCGGGGGCCAUCGUAUCCCCGGCAUGAACUGCUGUGGUCACACACAAGCAUGCUACCGCUGGUCCAAACGGUGGCUUGUAGUGAAGGACUCGUUCCUGCUGUACAUGAAGCCUGACUCGGGUGCAAUCUCCUUUGUGCUGCUGGUGGACAAAGAGUUUAGCAUCAAGAUGGACUCCAAAGACACCGAAACCAGGCACGGGGUCAGAAUUGACAGUCUUUCCAGGACGCUGGUGUUCAAAUGCAGCAGCUACAGACACGCCCGUUGGUGGGGUCAGAGCAUCGAGAGCUUUGUCAGGAAUCAUGGAAAAGCCUUCCUGCGGGAUCACCGCUUUGGCUCGUUUGCGCAGGAGCAGGAAAACAUUCCUGCCAAAUGGUACGUGAAUGGAAAAGCUUACAUGGAGGACUUGGCUGAUGCUUUGGAGGAGGCUAGAGAGGAAAUCUUCAUCACUGACUGGUGGCUGAGUCCAGAGAUCUUCCUUAAGAGACCUGUAGUAGAGGGAAACCGCUGGAGGCUGGACUGCAUCCUCAAAAGAAAAGCUCAACAAGGAGUGCGUAUAUUUGUGAUGCUGUAUAAGGAGGUGGAGCUGGCGUUGGGCAUUAACUCAGGCUACAGCAAGAGAACUCUAAUGCACUUGCACCCCAACAUCAAGGUGAUGCGCCAUCCAGACCACGUCUCCUCCUCCGUCUAUUUGUGGGCUCAUCACGAGAAGAUUGUCAUCAUUGACCAAUCGGUGGCUUUCGUGGGCGGAAUCGACCUGGCGUACGGUCGUUGGGACGACGGGCAGCACCGGCUGACGGAUGUCGGCAGUGUGACGCGUUCUGUGGCACCAGAACAGGCCACUUCUGUCAACGCUCAGUCCGGUAAGGCGACACCCCCUGUUGACGGCGUGUCACAAAGCAACGGACGGGGGACAUCCGCCGGAGACGCUGUUGACCUGCCCAAGCUGAAGGGUGUGGGCCGCACCCGCCGCUCUCGCUUCACCUUGUACCGGCACCUGCACAAACACACAUUGCAGCAUGCCGACAGCGUCAGCAGUGUGGAAAGCUCGGGAAGUGGCUCAGUGCGAAGCCUUAAAACGGGUGUGGGAGAGUUGCAGGGGAACACUCGCUUUUGGCAUGGUAAAGACUACUGCAACUUUGUCUACAAGGACUGGAUACAGCUGGAAAAACCUUUUGACGACUUCAUCGACAGGUACACCACCCCGAGAAUGCCGUGGCAUGACAUCGCCUCAGCAGUGCACGGCAGAGCUGCUCGUGACGUGGCGCGUCACUUCAUUCAGCGCUGGAACUUUACUAAGAUCAUGAAGCCAAAGUACCGCUCCCUGUCUUAUCCAUUCCUGCUGCCAAAGUCUCACUCCAGUGCCACUGAGCUCAAAUACCAAGUGACCGAUUGUGUGCAGGCCAAAGUACAGGUUUUGCGGUCAGCAGCUGAUUGGUCAGCCGGCAUAAAGUACCAUGAAGAGUCCAUCCACAACGCAUACAUUCAAGUCAUCGCCAAGAGCAAACACUACAUCUACAUUGAGAACCAGUUCUUCAUCAGCUGCGCUGACAACCGAACGGUGUACAACAAGAUCGGAGACGCCAUCAUCGAGAGGAUCCUCAGAGCGCAUAAGGAGGGCAAGAAGUAUCGAGUGUACGUGGUGACCCCCCUGCUUCCCGGCUUUGAGGGGGACAUCACCACAGGCGGGGGAAACGCCCUCCAGGCUGUCAUGCACUUCAAUUACAGAACAAUGAUCCGAGGGGACUACUCUAUCAUCUCCCAACUGAAGAAGGAGAUGGAUGACCAUUGGAUGAACUACAUCUCCUUCACUGGUCUGCGGACGCACGCCGAGCUGGAAGGCCGGCUGGUGACGGAGCUCAUCUACGUGCACAGCAAGAUGCUCAUCGCUGAUGACAACACCGUCAUCAUCGGCUCGGCCAACAUCAACGACAGGAGCAUGCUGGGGAAGCGUGACAGCGAGGUGGCGGUCAUCGUGGAGGACGUGGAGAAGGUGGCGUCAGUGAUGGACGGACAGGAGUACGAGGCUGGCCCCUAUGCACUGGGCCUACGUAUGGAGUGCUUUCGGACAAUCCUGGGCGGUCAUAGUGACGCCGCCAUCGAUCUGUCCGACCCGAUUAGUGACCGCUUCUACAAGGAGGUUUGGAUGACCACUGCCGGCCGGAACGCCACCAUUUACGAGAAGGUGUUCAGAUGCCUUCCCUCCUCGCUGGUGCGCAACAUGUCCGAACUGGAGCAUUACCAGUCUAAGCCCGGCCUGGCCCAGAGUGAUCUAGCCCGCGCCCAGGAGGAGCUGCGCAAGAUCCGCGGCUUCCUGGUGCAGUUUCCUCUGGACUUCCUGUCGGAGCACAACCUCAUGCCCUCGGUCGGGACCAAGGAAGCCAUGGUGCCCACAGAGAUAUGGACGUAG